AUGAAUAAACAAAACUUACAUUCAAAUAGAAGCAAUUGUGAUAUCCAACAAUUUCCCUAUAACCCAGAGAACUUUAAAACAUUUGUGCAAAUUCUACUAAGAUUAUUUUAUGAUUCCCCAGCUAUUAUAGUUGGAGAUUGCUUAAUCAGAGAACAAAAGUCCUUCACAGAUAGAGAUCUUGCUAACAAACUAAACUUAUCUGAUAGGCAAGUAAGAGAAGCUUUAAGACAACUAGAAGAAGAUUUAAUUGUUGUUAAGGAUCAGAAAUCUAACGAUGGAUCUCAAAGCAAUACUUCUGAACAAUCUUUAAAUAAGAAUAACAUUAGUAAUACUGGUACUUUAAACUUUUCUACAGAUUUAGAGAGUAAAUACUCUUCAAGUCAAGGAGGAACUGGGUCCAAUUCUACAUAUAACAAUAGUAGUACUGGACUACCUUCUAAUAGGAUUGGUCCAUCUUUUUAUAGGAUUAAUCCAUAUUUACCAGCUGUGGUUGAAUGGCAAUACACUACUAUUAUUCACGAGAUUGAUCAAGAAAUUAAGGAUGCUGUAAAUCUUGAUGAAUUAAUUUGUAAUAGAUGCAAUGCAAAGUAUUCCUCACUUGAGGCUCUAUCACUAGAUUUAAAUCCAGAUGAUGGGUUAUUCUUAUGCAGAUUUUGUAAUGAAAAACUCAAAUCUGUUGAUUCUGCUUCUUUUAGAAAUGCUGCCAAAGAUAAAGCCGAAAGAGUCAGAUCACAACUUCAAAUUCUCUCCAACUCUUUAGAACUUGUUAAAAAUAUGCAUAUUCCCAUCUUUCCUCCAUAUCAAAGCAAAAAUGAUAACAGUAUUAAUAAGAUGAAACUUACUAACGCCAUAGAUGAUGGUAAUAGUAAUGGAAAUAAUAACAGUAAAAUCUCUGAUGACCGAAGUAUUCAGAAUUCUUUGUCUAAUGAUACUUUAACCCCAAUUUCAAUAGGAAAUACCUCUUCUCCCCAUAGCAACCAAAGUAACUUUAACAUUAAUCAACAAUCACCUGGUAUAAGAAACCUUAACUCAUCUCCAUCCCUAUCAUCAUCCUCUCUUACACAAACACUUCCUCAGCAUACAAUUUCUAAAGUAAAGUUUGGAAUCAAAUUAUCGACCAAAACCACAAGCUCUCUUAUUGGAACCUCCAAUAAUCAUCAUUCCAAGCUUACUGGUGGAAAUAAGAUUGCUAUCAAAAGAGAGUCCUUAAAUGGUCUUUCUUCUUCAAAUGUUUCCAGUAAUUACCCAAGUAAUAAUAAUACUGAAACUACUGCUACUACUAGUAGUAGUAGUAAUAAUAAUAAUAAUGAUAAUAAUAAUAAUUCCAAUAAUAUACAGGGUACUGGUCUGGAAUCCCACAGCCAGAUAUCUAUCACAGCCAGUUCUUCUGCAAAAUCUCCUACUAAGAUUGAAGAACCAACUUUUUCAGUAUCUGCUAUUAAGGACAAAAUCUUUAAGAUUACUGAAAUUGAUGAUGAAAUUAUUAACCUAAUGACUGAUACUGAAUACUUAAAGUACGAUGAGCUGCUUCAGCAGUAUCAAACACUUGGAUUAAUUAAUACAUGA